AUGAGGGAUGCAGAACAAGAAUUGUAUCCGAAUUGCCAGCGAUAUUCCAAAUUAUCAUUUAUUGUUAAGCUGCUACAUAUAAAGGAGUAUGAAAAUGAAGAUGAGUGUCCUACUUGUAAAGCGCCAAGAUACAAGGUUCGUAAAGGUAAAGGUAAAGGUAAAAAGAUCCCUCACAAGGUUCUGCGAUACUUUCCUUUAAAACCACGGCUACAAAGGCUAUUCAUAUCCAGGAAGACGGCUAUUGAUAUGAAGUGGCACAAGGAUAAACGUGUAGAGGAGGAAAAUGUGUUGCGUCAUCCGGCUGAUUCUGAAGCAUGGAAAGACUUUGACAAAAAGCAUGAGUCUUUCGCCAAAGAUCCGCGUAACGUUAGGCUCGGACUAGCUAGCGAUGGUUUUAACCCGUUUGGAAACAUGAGUAACUCAUAUAGCAUAUGGCCGGUUUUUCUUGUCCCAUACAAUUUACCACCAUGGAAAUGUAUGAAGGAUCCAUUUUUUAUGAUGCCUUUGCUUAUUCCUGGGCGUAGGGCUCCCGGGUUUGACUUUGAUGUGUUUUUACGGCCAUUGAUAGAUGAGUUAAAGGAGUUAUGGGAGGUAGGGGUAGAAACAUACGAUGCAUCAAAUGGCCAAAGUUUUCAAUUACGUGCCGCAUUGUUAUGGACCAUCAACGAUUUCCCUGCAUAUGGUAACUUAUCCGGUUGGAGCACCAAAGGGAAAUUGGCUUGCCCUUCAUGUAAUGAGGAUGCAUCUCACCAAUACUUGCAUCAUUGGAAGAAAACUUGUUACACGGGACAUCGUCAUUUUUUGCCGCAUAAUCAUGUUUUACGAAAAAGCAAGGCAUUCAAUGGUGAGCCAGAGCAUAGAUCGGAACCCAAGUUGUUGUCUGGGGAGGAGGUUUUGGGACAAUUGGAGCAUCUUGACUCAACAGUAUUUGGAAAGAUAGAUGAACGUGGGAAGAAGCAAAAACGUUCUCCUCAAUAUUUAAAUUGGACAAGGAGAAGUAUCUUCUUUGAGUUACCUUAUUGGAAAACCCUUAAAGUUCGCCACAACCUCGAUGUUAUGCACAUUGAAAAGAAUGUAUGCGAUAGUGUGAUGGGAACAUUGAUGAACGUUGAUGGAAAAACCAAGGACUCAUACAAGGCUUGUCUUGAUCUAGUGGCUAUGGGUACAAGGCCUGAAUUACACCCAAGGCAAGUAGAUGGAAAAACCUACCUACCCACUCCUUGCUUCAUGCUCUCUCCAACUGAAAAAAGGAGUUUUUGUGAAUUCUUGAGUACAAUUAAGUUGCCAGAUGGCUAUGCAUCAAACAUAUCACAUUGUGUGAGCACUAGUGAUUGUCGAAUUACAGGGUUGAAAAGCCAUGAUUGCCAUGUUAUCUUGCAAAGAUUGCUUCCUGUUGCCCUACGUGGAUGUUUGAAAAAGGAUGUGAGCAAGGCUUUAAUUGAGCUUUGCUUGUUCUUUAAGGAGUUAUCGGCAAAAACAUUGAGAGUUGAUGUCUUAGAACAACUUGAGAAAGAUAUUAUUUUAAUUUUGUGCAAGCUUGAGAAGAUAUCUCCACCAUCUUUUUUCGAUAUUAUGAUCCAUUUAUGCGUACACUUAUCACGUGAAGCAAUCCUUGCUGGACCGGUGCAAUACCGGUGGAUGUAUGCAUUUGAGAGGUACAUGCAUAUUCUUAAGGGCUAUGUGCGUAACAAAGCCCGUCUAGAAGGCUCUAUUGCUGAAGGUUACAUUGAUAAUGAGGCUCUUACAUUUUGCUCUAUGUACUUCAACGAAGGUGAGACAAAAUUUAAUAGACUAGAGCGGAAUUAUGAUGGGCCUAUUAAAGCUACACAAGAUGGAAAUAUUUCUGUAUUUAAGCAAAAAAUACGUGGAAUAGGAGCUGCAGUUAAUGAUGUGUUGAAUUUAAAAGAUUUGAAGAAAGCUCGAUGGUAUGUGUUGAAUAAUUGUGAUGAAGUUCAACCGUAUGUGAGGCAAUACAUGGAUGAACUUGAGAGACAAGGUUUGAGAAAUGUUCAAGAGAGGCUGGAAUCAAAGUUUCAUACAUGGUUUCUAAAAUACGUAAGAGCUGUAAAUUUUUAACCUUAUUUGUGCAUUUAAAUAAUGUAGCUAAGUAUAUGCUAAUACAUUUCACAUCAUAAAUGGAAUUAGGUCACAAAGCAACAACUUGAAGGGACCAUGGACGCUUCCAAUCAACUUAUGAACCUAGCCCGA